GGAGAGGGCGUUGUGUGCAAGGACGUCUCAUCAGUCAGUGGUGGUGGAUUUGUCUGGAGUACAUUUGGAUGCAAAGAAAAAUAAAAAAUACAUUCCAAAUAACCUACAGGGACCGACACUAAUACGGGCCACAGGCAGGGAUUUGGCAGAAGAGUAACGAUGCGAUUGGUCAGCAUGGCGGGGGCGCGGCUCCGCAGGGCGGCCGAGGAGGAAGAAAGGGAGAGGGAGCCUCAAUCACACCCCUCGCACCACUCCAACCACCAGUUCACCAGCAUGAAGAACAAGUUCUUCAAUGAGCUCACGCACCUGCCAAAUCAUAAGCUCAAGUUGCCUAUGUGGGCCGUAGGAGCCAUUGUGGUUGUGGUCCUUGCCCUUGUCGCCUGUAUGGGAUUCUGCAUCUACAAGAAGUGCUGCAACAAGGCCAAGAAGCCCAAGAAAGUCCGUGAGAGGAAGGGAGGACGAGGGCGCAGGAGGAAGGACAAGGAUGGAGAGGAUGGAGACGAGAAGAAGGAGGGAGAGGACGGGAAGGAAGAGGAAGAUAAGGAGAACUUUGGAAAACUGGAGUACACACUGGACUAUAACUUUACUGAUAACCAGCUGAUAGUCGGCAUCCUCCAGGCUCAGGACCUCGCAGCCAUGGACUUAGGUGGGACCUCAGAUCCCUAUGUCAAAGUCUACAUGCUGCCGGACAAGAAGAAGAAGUUUGAGACCAAAGUCCAGCGCAAGAACCUGUGUCCCGUCUUCAAUGAGACCUUCACCUUUAAGAUACCAUAUAGUGAGUUGGGUGGUCAGACCCUGGUGCUGCAGGUAUUUGACUUUGACCGUUUUGGUAAACAUGAUGUCAUCGGUGAGAUCAAGAUCCCCAUGAACAGUAUAGAUCUCGGACAGCCAAUACACGAAUGGAAGGAUCUGGUUGGAGGAGAGAAAGAGGAGCAAGAGAAGCUGGGUGACAUCUGUAUUUCCCUUCGUUACGUCCCCACGGCCGGUAAGCUAACAGUUAACAUCAUGGAAGCCAAGAACCUGAAGAAGAUGGAUGUCGGAGGACUGUCAGAUCCUUUUGUUAAGGUGGUGCUGCAGCACAACGGGAAGCGACUGAAGAAGAAGAAGACGUCAGUCAAACAAAACACUCUGAAUCCUUACUUCAAUGAGAGCUUUAGCUUUGAGAUCCCCUUCUCCCAGAUCCAGAAAGUCCAGGUGCUGAUUACUGUGUACGACUACGACAAGCUGGGCAGCAACGACCCCAUCGGCAAGUGCUGGAUCGGCUACGGCGCCUCAGGCGUCGGGCUGCGCCACUGGUCAGACAUGUUGGCCAAUCCCAGGCGUCCAGUGGCCCAGUGGCACACACUGCUGACAGAGGAGGAGGUGGAUGCUGCUCUAAAGGCUCCCAUCCGCUAAACACACACACACACACACACACACACACACACAGACACACACAUAUCUAUACACCAUCAUCUGCAUAGGACGAGUAUUCUUUCAUUUGAAACCAAACAACUGUAGGUUUUAUAAAAUGACCUUUAACUUGAAUAGUAAUCUUUAAUGUGCUUUGGUUUCACACCAUCAUUCAUUUAGUAGUAUUUCAUUUUGGGAUCUUUUUAUAUGCGCUUUAUAUUGUAUUGAAUACAUACCAUAGAAAUGUAAACCAACACAUUAUGUGUGCUUGCAACACAUUCAAAUUUAUACAAACCUAUACACAGUGCAGCUAAAUGUUUGUGCUCGCUGACUGACUUACUAGUUAAAUUACUCACCUAUUAAUAUAUUAAAGGGGUACUCCAGCAAUUUAGUAUUGCAUUUCCAUAAAGUUGGGGGACUCACAAGAGACAGAUUUGAGCAGCAGAAUAUCCUUACUUUUAGUCCCUUAAACACCCGGAUACUACACCUCCCAUAAUGCAGCUUGAUUGUCUUUGAUGACAUCAUCAGGUUUAUUUUCUCAGAUGUUCAAAAGCUUCUCCACAGUCAAGACAUUAUACAACUGUUUUCUCAGGCUGAGUACUUAUCUUUAUGAUGAGCAAAUUGAACUUCAUGUAAAAAUGUAUGGACUGCCCUUUUAAUAUGUAUUUCCUUGACCACCUUUGUUUAGCUGAGCUACACUUCCUUUCAUGUAAUCAGUGUCCUGGUUAUCUCUAGGUUCUUUUUUCAGCAUAGGUAUACUGUAGUAUUGUCAAAUAAAUUUUGAUACUAUGGUAUGCAAAAAUAGAAAAACACAUCAAUUCUUUCUGUUUGUCUGAGUAAUUGUUGCAGAGCUGAAGUCUGUAUCUUCUUUAUUUUCCCUUUUCCUUAUGUUUUCCUCUUGUUUACCCCGAUAACUCUCUUAUGUUCCAAACAGUCUAAACUUGAUUUUUCCUGUGAAAUGUAUUGUAUUAAGUUACAUGUUUUUACUGAUUAUUGGUCUGUCUCUUUGUGGCUCCUUCUGUGCUUGUGUUUGAAUGAUCCUGCAUGGAGUGCACAUAUUGAUGUUUGUGUGUGUGUUGUAUGUUACAAAAAAUGGAAAGCUGUUUGUGGUUUCACUGUCGAUACCUAUACUUUGUAACUGGAAAUAAAUAGCUGAAUAAAUAAAACGUUUCCAAAUAAUGA